CCUUCUCCAACUCCUUCCAGCAAAUGCCCUAGCCUCCACCAAAGAAAGCAAACCCUAGCAGCCUCCACCAAUCGUUGUCGCCGUCUGUCGGAGUGAGGGUCUACUGCCGCCGUCCGACGACUCAAGAACUACCGUCUUCGUGGUCUCGGUUCUCUCUCGGGAUCCUCCGCGUCGUGUGCUCGCAUCUCGUCUCUCUCCUCUGUGCUCGGCUGCUCGCGCCUUCCUCCGCCAGUGGGUGCUCGAGCUGUGCGCGUUGGUUGCUGCUCGUUGUCCGUGGUUGUCUCUGCUCGAUUCUGCCUCCCAGUGUCACUCGAGUCUCGUCUCGGUCACUGGCAUCUCGUGGUUCGUCUGUCUCGUCGCCGGCGGCAGAAGCAACUCGUGGGGUUGUCUCUUGCUUCGUCGCCUUCUGUGGGGUGGUUGCCGACUCGGCGUCAACGGUUGGUUCAGUGUUGGCUUCAACUUUCAAAUGGGAAUUGGGAGCUGGUGAAGAUAAUAACAUCUUCUGGAACUGAGUCUGAUCUAGAAUUAUGCUAGUACACAGUGAUGUUUGUGCCAUUUGGCUGUACUCAGUGAGACAACUGGGAAAUGUUCUUUUUUGGUCUGAUUAACUACAAUAUUUAACCUUGUUAAUCAUAUCUUGUACAAUUCAGACAAAAGCAGGGCCUAUUUUGGUUGCCAUAAAUUCCUUCAAGAAAGUUCCUCUGUAUGGUAAUGAUUGUAUUAUUGAAAGCCUACAAGCAUAAAAGAACUAAAAGGGCCUGUUUUGUUUUACUUUUUGACUCAAUUACUUAAGGCAAUAUUGUCUAUCUUUAACUUGUGCAUUGCAAUUCAAUCCAGUUAUUUUUAAUGGAAGUAUAAUGAUGUUAAUUUUGCAUAUUUUGAUGAUUAAUUAAUUACAUUUAGUUGGUGAUAGACUGAUAGUUUGUAUAGGGUUUUAAAUUUGAAAGAUAUUUUAUGAUGUUUAUUUAUAAUUUAUUUAUUAUUUUAUCAUGGAACGGUUUUUCCGGUUGAACCACGGUUGGACCGGUUGGACCAGUAAACCAGUGACUAGAACGGUUUGAUGACCAGUCCGGUUUUCAGAACCUUGCUCAUAAUUCAUGUGAGCCACAGAGCCAGUGACCAGUGCUUGUUUGUUUUUUAGUUAGUUGCGAUGUCUAUCGACCUCAAACUCUCGCGCUUCAAUCGUAUUUAUCGCCCUUCGGAAGCACUGGAAGGCAAAAUCAUCAUCAAAACGCAGUCUUCAAUUUCCCACUAUGGAAUUCGCCUUACUUUCAAAGGAUCCGUCAACAUGCAGGUUCGUGGAGGAUCAGCUGGGGUUGUUGAGUCACUCUAUGGAGUUAUUAAGCCAAUUCCUAUUUUGAAUAGGACCAUCGAGGUUAAACCUUCUGGAAAGAUUGCUUCGGGCACAACAGAGAUACCAUUUUCGGUGACCCUUAGACAGAAAGGUGAAAAUUUGGAAAAGUUUUAUGAGACUUUCCAUGGGGCAAAUAUAAGUAUCCAGUAUUUGGUGACUGUAGAUGUGACUCGCGGAUACUUACAUAAAUCUUUAUCAACAACAAUGGAGUUCAUUGUUGAAAGUGAUAAAGCUGAUCUUCUACAACGGCCAAUUCCUCCAGAAAUGGUCAUCUUCUACAUAACCCAGGACACUCAACGACACUCUCUGCUUCCUGAAUUAAAAUCUGGUGGAUUUCGGGUGAUGGGGAAGAUCUCUUCUCAGUGUUCUUUGGCUGGUCCUAUUAGUGGUGAGUUAACUGUAGAAACAUCUGCAGUUCCGAUUCACUCAAUCGACAUUCAGUUGUUUCGUGUUGAGUCCAUUCUUCUUGGGGAGAAAAUUGCAACUGAAACAUCUUUGAUACAAACGACUCAGGCAACAGAUGGAGAUGUAUGCCAUAAUUUGACUAUACCUAUCUAUGUAAUACUUCCGCGGCUUCUGACGUGUCCAACAACUUUUGCUGGUCCCUUCUCAAUUGAGUUCAAAGUUGCCAUUGUCAUAAGUUUUCAGUCAGACCUAUCUCAACUGCAUAAGAAGACUGACUCCGGAACUCCAAAACUUUGGCUAGCAAUGGAAACAUUGCCGCUCGAGUUGGUUCGGACAAAGUAAGGUUGUGUAUAAGAAUGCACCAAGCUAUAGCAGGCAGGAAGUGGAUAUAUUGUUUAAUAUAACAUUUGAGUUGGUUUCAAGUGAAUUGGCUUUCCAUUUCAUGUAAUGUAACUUCCCAACAUUUGAAACAGUGAUACUUGAGAAGUCUCAUGUAGACUUUACAAGUGUUGAUUACAACCAUAUAAACUAGAUAAGACUCGCGGGAUAUGCGGAAUGCUAAAUUAAUAUUAUAUAGUAUAAAUUUAAAAUGCUAUAUAUAUUGUUUAGGGAUAUAUUGUUUAGGGAUAUAUUAGAUAAUAUGUAAAUUAAUAUUAAACUUAGAAAUUAAUUUGUAAAAAAUAUUGUACAA